UUCCCACCCCUGACAAUGCUUGCUCGACGCUGGGGCUCUGGGGCUCCUCGCUUGCUCUUGGCGCUGCUGCUGGCUGUGGUGCCUCAGGUUUCUGCCCUCCGCGCGACGGGGCCCAGGUUUUUAAUAAGUGAUCGUGACAGAGACCCGCAAUGUAACCUCCACUGCUCCAGGUCCCCAACCAAGCCCCUCUGUGCUUCAGAUGGCAGGACAUAUGAGUCGAUGUGUGACUAUCAGAGAGCAAAAUGCAGGGAUGCAAGCCUGAGUGUGGUUCAUCGAGGAAGAUGUAAAGAUGCUGGUCAAAGCAAAUGCAGAAUAGAAAGGGCUCAAGCUCUGGAUCAAGCAAAGAAGCCUCAAGAAGCAGUCUUCAUUCCAGAGUGCACUGAGGAUGGAUCAUUCACCCAAGUGCAGUGCCACACCUAUACCGGAUACUGCUGGUGCGUCACUCCGGACGGCAAACCCAUCAGUGGUUCUUCUGUACAGAACAAAACUCCUGUAUGUUCAGGUUCAGUAACUGACAGGCCUUUAGGACAGGGUAAUUCUGGGAGAAAAGUUUCUUUUCGAUUCUUUUUAACUCUCAAUUCAGAUGAUGGUUCGAAACCAACACCCACCAUGGAGACCCAGCCUGUUUUUGACGGAGAAGAGAUCACAGCUCCCACCCUUUGGAUUAAGCAUUUGGUCAUCAAAGAUUCCAAACUGAACAGUUCUAGUAUGAAAAAUUCAGAGAAAGUUAACUCAUGUGACCAUGAGAGGCAAAGUGCUCUUGAAGAGGCCAGGCAGAACCCUCGCGAAGGGAUUGUUAUCCCUGAAUGUGCCCCUGGAGGACUGUACAAGCCAGUGCAGUGUCACCAGUCCACAGGAUAUUGCUGGUGUGUUCUGGUAGACACAGGUCGUCCUCUGCCUGGUACUUCCACCCGAUACGAGACCCCCGUGUGUGAAAGUGAUGCCAGAUCGAAGAGCCCGGAAACGGAUGACCCUUUCAAAGACAGAGAACUUCCAGGCUGCCCAGAAGGGAAGAAAGUAGAAUUUAUUACAAGUUUACUGGAUGCUCUCACCACAGACAUGGUACAGGCCAUUAACUCAGCAGCACCUGCUGGAGGCGGAAGGUUCUCUGAGCCUGAUCCCAGCCACACGUUGGAAGAGCGGGUGGUCCAUUGGUAUUUCAGCCAGCUGGACAACAAUAACAGCAAUGACAUCAACAAGAGGGAGAUGAAGCCCUUCAAGCGCUAUGUCAAGAAGAAAGCCAAGCCCAAGAAAUGUACACGGCGCUUCAUUGACUACUGUGACCUCAACAAGGAUAAGUCCAUCUCACUGCAAGAACUGAAAGGUUGCCUGGGCGUUGGGAAAGAAGGAGGGAGCGUUGGAAGUUUCCCCCAUGGAAAAAGACAAGGUGUUAACCCUUUCAUCGGACGUCUUGUCUAAGAGCUGAUGGAAAAGCAUGAACCAGGUGGAAGGAAGGACAGACAGGACACAUCGCCAUUUGAAAACACUCAGGUGGAACUGGCAACAUCCAACGUAGCAGAAGUGGCCACCACAACAUUUGCACUUUUGGAAAAUAAAAUAAAAUAAAGAGGGGUGGAAGUUGGUCUACUUAUUAUGCCAUUUUAUAUAGUACUUUAGAGAAGAAGAAAGAAUAAACAAAGAAAAAAGAAAGAUAAAGAAAGAAAACUGAACAGCUACUGAUGAUUUAAAUGUUACGGAUUUGCUUGGACUUGAAGAAUGAUGUUUAAUAUACUGUAUAUAAAUGUAAAUUGUACAGUU